AUCGCGAGCAAUGAUUUUCCGUGCUGCCUUUUUAAUUGCUUUACUCGUGCCGAUCUCAGCCGCUCAUGUGGCUUUCGGAAUGGGCAUUACAGUGCCGGGCACUCGAUGGUGUGGGCCCGGAAACCUGGCCGAAAAUUAUGACGACCUGGGCACUGAGCGAGAAGUGGACAUUUGCUGUCGGGCACACGACAACUGUGACGAGAGGAUUCCACCGAAAGAGGAGGCCUAUGGCUUGACGAACGACGGCAUAUUCCCCAUAUUUUCGUGCGCCUGUGAGUCAGCUUUCCGGAGUUGUCUCUCUGCUCUGCACAAUGGACACUCCUUGGCUCUUGGCAGGAUUUACUUUCAUACCAAGGAGGUAUGCUUCGGCUACGGGCACCCUAUCGUUUCCUGUCGCGAGAAGCAAGCUGACUUGUUCGAGACACGAUGUCUCAGCUACCGAGUGGACCAAGGUCAGCCCAAGCGCUGGCAGUUCUACGACUUGGCACUCUACACACACAUAAGUGCGAGCGUAGAGGACUCCCGAGACUGAACUUCGACAUCUGCAGGGCGAUAAGACUUCGAUUGUAUACAAAACGGAUUGCGUGUAGAAAUCUAUUAUGAUUAAGAAUUAGAAUGUGCAAGUACGAGUGUAAUUACAUUUAUUUGGUCAUUAAUAAAAGAUUAAAACAUUUUAUAAAAAAGUAAA